UGACUUGAUCUUGCUUCCCCGUCGCUUUGCAAUGCUAAGUUGCGACCAUCUAUACUGAGACUCCUCGGUUUUUUUAUUGCGCCUCUACCAUCCUUUGUCGCCGCAGGUUAUUGAUGGCUGAGACGGACGCGCUGUCAUCUACACAUACAACCCUUGACUACGUAUAGCCAAUAAAAGGAGACAAACUGUGUGAACGCCGUCCAACAGCAUGAACCAUUGUGUACAGCCUCAAAGGCAAUGCUCAGCUUGGCCAAGACAUUCGGUCGUUGGCCCGGUGGGUCGCGCGAGUCAGUGCAAGAUAGGCCGAUCGCCCAUCAGUGAUAAGACCUUGGCCGAGCCUGGUAUCAGCAAUUCCCAAACCUAGAAUCUCAGCGCCGAUAUUGACCGAUCAAUGUGCAAUCUACUCUGCUACUUUACGUGACAGUAGAUGCAGUCACCAAUCAACAGUCCGACGACUCGAGUCUCAGAGGUCAUACCGCGGAAUGUACUAUCUAGAAGGGCAUGCUUGGAAUGUCACAGGCAAAAGCAGAAGUGCAACAAACAGCAGCCUUGUUCCAAUUGCCUACGCCGUGGUAUCCCGCAUCAUUGUGUUUGGCCGACGGAUCCACGACGGCAUCGGGUGGCUGGGCUCAGCAGUCCACUCCAACAACGACCGACAACUUCUCGUAUACCGGACUUUGAACUUUCGACCCAGGUUCCCCGGAUUCGAGGUUCGGGAAGUACGAAUGCUUCGUCCCAUGACCCGGAUGAAACUCCUCAGCCUGGACGGCUAUACAGGAUACGAGAUGCACCGUCCUACUACGGGCACUCGUACUUCGGUCCUCACUCUGCUGCAGCUCUCAUCGGAGACUCGAGCUCGGCAUUGUCUGAUGGCAUCAGCGUGGGUUACUCACAUCGAACACGUCUAGGAGGCUCAACACAACCAUUUCGAUCAGAGCGUGGGCCAUACGCACAACUUUGGGAGCUCCUGGGAAGCCUACCUCGGAGGAAAGCGGUAGUCGAUAGACUCGUCCAACUCUUUCUGGGCGAGCUGAACGUCACACUUGAUGCAGUGCAUAAGGAGACUUUCAUGCGACACUAUGAAGAAUUCUGGGAUCGCAAGGCGGGUUGUGAUGACCUGACCAAUCUCAAUCUGCGAUGGCUCUCAGUGCUGUUUAUCAUACUUGCAUUCGGGGAACUUCUGGCUUGUCCUCAACCAUGCUCCGUCGAAGCACAACGCGAGUGUGAGGACUCUUCACUACACUUCUACUGGUCGGCGAGGAAGAGUCUAGUCGUCGCACCGUCCUUCUAUGGAGAAUCCCCAGACCUAACCCGAGCGGGCAUUCUCAUUACACGCUACCUGAUCUAUACCAAACGUAUCUCCGAGUCUUGGCUCACUGGUAGCUUUGCGGUCAGAAUGGCUCAAGCUCAAGGCAUGCAUAUCGAUGGAGACCAUCUGCAUCUUCCUAAGAAAGUGGUUGAAACACGUCGCAGACUUUGGGGUCAGCUCUACUUUCUCGAUGUCAGCAUCGCUCUUGCUUUGGGGCGGCCAAAUUCGAUCAACGAGAAGCACUGCGUAUUCGGAGAGAUGGACAACAUCUGGGUGGACGAUUUGUCAAACGAAGAAGCCACUCUAGCUGAGCCGCUAGAUCUGGAAACGAGCCCUACACCGAGCGCUCUGCUUAUAUUCCAACAUCGUCUCACUCGGAUCAUUGUGAAGAUAUACGACAUGCAAUUUUGCGCGGCUUCAACUGCAAAUCCAUCAACGUCUUAUGAUGAGGUUCUGCGGCUUGAUGAUCUCCUCCAGCUCUGGAAAGAAGAUUUGCCAUCCUAUUUUGCCUUCAGUCCUGACACACGUAUGGACAACCAGCAUGCGUACCUCGCUUGGCACCGUGGCUACCUGCACUCGGCUUUCCAUUUCGCUCGGAUCACUUUGCAUCGCGCUUUUCUCUUUCGGCCCAGUAUCACGAAUCGCUUUCAGCGUAGUCGUGAAGCUUGUAUCUCCUCUGGAUGUGCAGAUCUACAGAAUAAGCUCUCUUUGCAUAACCCAAGCAUGGCCGAGCGUAUCAAAGCGCAUGUAGGUGCACAUCAGCUUUCGAACAGCGCACUCAUACUAGGAAUCAUUGCGGUCCAGUCACCUCACGCUCGACAAACAGAGGGCAUCCUGAAUGAUCUGCAGUCAUAUUGCUAUCAACAACAUCAUGAUCCAUGGUCCAACGAGUUUGGGCUUGCGGAAGCACGGGUCGUAGAACUAUGCAUCGCAAGGACUCAGCAAGCACGUCGAUCAGGUACAUCGACAACACUACACUCGAGACCGUUGACCAGCCUGAGCUCAGAUGAUGUUGGGCGUAUUCCAAGUGUGUCACAGGGCCACGAGGCCGUACCAUAUCCCAUGAGUACUCACUCUGGGGAAUCGAGAGACUAUCUUGGCCCUGGCCGAACAGAGCCAUGGUCCUUCAACGAAUUUCCAGAGCUCAUGGACUUUGGGUAUUGGGAAGGCUUGAUCGAUAAUCUGAGCGAAUACUCCGCCGCCUACAACACCUGACAUUUUGAUCCGAGGGAGUGAAUUCCUCUUAUUUUCUACACAAUGGGGUUUACUAAGAUAUGCCAGAAUCUCCGCUACGCUGAAGAUCAUGUUCUUUGCCAAUCCAUCCUGCAUCACCUUUCCGUUCAAGGUUGUCUUUAGCCGCAGCACGUUCGGAUCAGGCAAUGAGUGUUUGCUGACAAUCACGGGACCGAGCG